AUGUUCAUCCUAACCCGCCUCAGCGACCUCGUCACCAUCCAACCCACCUCCUUCACCGUCACCACCCGUCAAGCCCUCGAAGACCAAAUCAACGCCCGCUACGCAAACAAAGUAAUCCACAAAGUCGGUCUAGUAAUCUGUCUCUACGACAUCCUCAAAUCCUCCGACGGUCUAAUCGGUUCCGGCACAGGGGACGUAAACAUCAACGUCGAAUUCCGACUAAUAGUCUUCCGACCCUUCAAAGGCGAAGUAAUCACCGGUCGAAUCGCAAAUUCAACCCCCAACGGUAUUCACGUCAGAUUCGAUUUCUUUGAUGAAGUCUUCUUACCCAAGGAUUAUUUGUUCGAAGGCAGUGUCUUUGAUCAUAACGAACAGGUCUGGGUCUGGAGGACGGAAGACGGUGAUGAAUUGUUCUUUGAUAAGAAUGAAUCUGUGAGGUUUAGAGUUGAGGAGGAGGAGUUUAUUGAUAAUACCCCUGUGGAUCCGGCGUUGAGGGAUUCGUUGGCUGAUGCUGAUAUGAAACCGCCUUAUAAAAUAAUUGGAUCAUGUUAUCAGAGUGGACUCGGUGUCGUGUCAUGGUGGUAA